ACGUCUGUUUGCAGACGUAUGUUUUCUGCUGCUACAUUGUUGACGUUUUGAGUUUUAACAUUUAAUUGCUUUUAUAUAAUUGUAUAUUGCAUUAACAUCUCGCUACUUGCGCAACACAACUGCAAAAAUGAAAUGGAUGUUUAAAGAGGAUCAUUCUCUGGAGCACAGGUGUUUGGAAUCAGCCAAAAUCCGUGACAAAUAUCCAGACAGAGUUCCUGUUAUAGUAGAGAAAGUGUCUGGCUCACAGAUUGUUGACAUUGACAAGCGGAAGUAUUUGGUGCCGUCUGACAUUACAGUGGCUCAGUUCAUGUGGAUCAUCAGAAAGCGAAUCCAGCUGCCUUCUGAAAAAGCCAUAUUCCUGUUCGUCGACAAAACUGUCCCUCAGUCCAGUCUGACGAUGGGACAACUCUACGAGAAAGAAAACGAUGAAGAUGGCUUUUUGUACGUGGCAUACAGUGGUGAGAACACGUUUGGAUAUUAAGAUCUUUGCAUCUUCCCGGCUGUCCUACACAUCACGCAUUGCUCCCAUUUCUUUUGGACUAGCUUGAUUGUACUGAGGUUGGAAACAGGGUGAAAGAUUCAUUUUUUUAAACAUGAUCACUCACCUCUAGUGUCACCUGUCAUAUUGUGCUCUGAAAUGUUAGAAUGACUCCUUUAGUAAUCUUGUUCUUUUUUUUGUGAAUGGUUUAACAGUAUUACUACAGAUGCAUAAUAAUGUUGAAACUGAGAAUAUAUAGUAACUUUUACUGUUUGAUUUAUCUGUAUUUUUCCCCUGUAAAUUAUACAUUUAAUAUAAUUGAAAGUUAAGGUAGCUGGAUGACCUAACCAAUAAAAACAAACACCAAA